UGCCGUCCCUUCCCGCCCCCUUCUCCUUCACGUUCCUCCGACAAGUCUUUCAGUCCCUCCUCUCUUCACCGCUCGAUCGAUCGACGGGAUCCUGUUCUCCGCCUUCUCCUCUUUGGGGGUUCCUGUUCUUGAUCGGUUCUCCGGCCCCAAGUGACCGAUCGCCGGUGUUCCUAGGGUUUGGCGUUCCCUGGGUUUCCUUCCGCUCAUUCCGUGGAACACCAUGGAUCUUUCGCCGGGCACCGAGGAGUACAUCAAAGAAUCCAUCGUGAUCUCGUUGGGCCUCCCGGUGUCCGUCGAGAGCCUGAGCCCGAAGCUCCUUGUCUCCGAGGACACCCGCCGCCGUCUUCAAGAUCAGAUCUUUGUUUUGGAGGACCGCCUCAAGGAGUCCAGCAAGAGAUUAGAGCAGUCCAGGGCCGAGUCGAAUAUGAACGCCCAGGGAGUGAGGAGGUGCGUGGAGGAGAAGGAGGUGAUUGCAUCGCAGUACGCUGAUCUGGUGAAUCACUGCCGCAAGUUGGAGGAGGAGUGCUCUCUGUACGAGCGCGACUUGGAGAGGAUAAUGGAAUCUUGUGAUGAGUUAGCGAAGGAGAACGAGGAGUUGCGGGCACAGCUGCAGCACAUUUCUAGCCUAGAAUCAUUGGCUGCUGAAGCUGAAUCCUUGAAGAAGGACAAGGAACAUUUGAGGACAAAUCUCCACAGAGCUGAAGAGGAGGUCAAGGUUUUCUUUGAAGAAAACAAAAUUCUGGAUGAAGAGAACACGAAACUGCUGGAAUUACUAAGAAAAGAAAGGCGUCGUCGAGGAUCGGACAGCCACCGAGGCUCUGCCACACCUUCUGCUAAGGUGACCAAAACCUAAAACUUAAUUCUCAAACUAAACUAAGGAUUAUCAAUCAUUUUGCGAAUUAUUAGUACUAUCGAUGACUCGAGGAGGAGGAAGAAGAAGAGGAAAGGGCGGUGGGAGAAGAAAAGGAUGAAGAAGAUUGGAGGAAAGAAGAGAAGAAGGAUAGAAAGGGAAGAGGUGAUGAAAGUGCAUGACGGGGCAACGGACGGUUGCAUAAGAUAAAAUGGAAGAAGGCGCGUUCGGGACGAAGAGGACUCACGGCAGCCC